AGGAAGUGCGGUCUUAACUUUGUUAAGAUCGUUAAAGGAAAUUGAAAAACCUUAGGGAUUGGCAGAUUAAAUCAUAAAUUAUGGGUGAUAAUUGGAAUUCAUCUUACGUUUAUGGAACGGAUACAAUAAGCGGAUGGGGAAACCGUUACUUUUUUACCUACUUCACGGAAAUGAGCGAGAGAAAUCCUUGGAGAACAUCAUCCGAAGUAACGGCUUUUUCCCUAAUUUUCCUUAUUUCCAUAUUUGCGAAUGUCGCAAUCGCCAUUUGUGUAAUAAGAUUUCCCGACAUGCGUACCGUAACAAACUGUUUUGUGCUAAAUUUGGCUGCUGCCGAUCUCCUUUUCGCCGUUUCCAUCCCUGCAGUGGCUUAUUCCCGAUUCCAUGAAACCUGGAAAUUAGGGAAUAUUGCUUGCAGACUCAUCCCAUAUGUUCAGUUCGUUUCAGGUGUCGUUUUAUUAUGGACUUUGGCCUUCAUCAGCAUCGAUCGCCAUAAAUGCAUCGUAAUCCCGCCUUAUCGCUCAAAAAUGACACCUACGGAAGCUAGCAUAUACUCAGCUUUAAUUUGGUUAAUGGGAACCGUGAUGUUUGUUCCGGUUCUAUUUUGGUUCCGCGAGCAAGAAACCAACGGCAAUAAAUUAAUUUGUACCUUAGUUUUCCCAAAAACUGAAUCGUUAGAUAUUUCUUUUUGUUUCAUCGUCCCCGUUGUUCUCCUAGCUUGUCUCCUCCCAAUGAUCAUUUUAGUUUAUAGCUACCAAAGAAUUUUCCACAAAAUUAUCUCAACCCGCAACACUUGGGCGAAUUCUUGCGUCAUGGUGAACACAAUCGACUCGAAGAAACCCCGCAACAAUAAGGGACGAAGACAAAGCGAAAUAAGCGUCUCCGAUAUCUUCACCCCCUGGCCAAGAAAGCUCUCGUUAUCACAACAAGAAGAAAUACGAAUCAACAAACAUAUUAAAGUAGUAAGGGUGCUAUUUUUAAACGUAAUCGUUGUUUUAUUGAUGUGGCUCCCAAUUACAAUCGUGAUGUUUUUGAUUUUUAUCGACGGAAGACGUCCCGAUGAAAAUAAAGAAUACUUCUUAAGAUCCCACCACUUUGUGAUUACCUUAAUCGUGGCGUUUUUGAACACGGUGAUUAAUCCCGUUUUGUACGGCGUGUUAUCGGAUAAUUUCCGAGCGUGUUUAAUUAAAAUGUUGUGUUUUAAGGGAAAUCAUGAAAAUGGGAAUAUUUUGAAAGAAAAUGUUACGCCGAGUAGUGGGAGGAAUCAGGGGUUUAUUAAAAACACGAGGAAACAGAGUUUGGGGAACUCGAUUAGCGAGUUGCCGCAUGAAAUCGCUUAACUAAAAAUAUCCCCUUGUUUUGAGCAAGGAGUGUAAAAUUUCCAUUAUAUUGUCAUCUCGAUGUUACAUUUUUAACUUAACAUAAUAAUUGUAAUAAAAAAGUAUUGUAAAUAUAUUCUUAUUAAUAUUGAUGAUUGUAGAUACCCGAGGAACAAAGCAAAUCUGUGAUUUAAGUUCUUUGUUAACAGUAUUAAAUAAAACUUUAACCUUAAAGUUAAUGAAUUGAAAUGUUUUUAAGGGCUAUAUUUAGUGUAAGAU